AUUCCUUGGAGAGUGGGAGAGAGGGGUUUUAACUGGGAUGUUUUUGUCCAUGUACUCUCGCAUUUGAGCUUUCUGACAGUUGCCUAGACACAUCGACGGCCCAGUGCGCAGCCUAGUAUGCAAAAAUGUCAAUCCACGCCGUGCUUAAUUUAAAGUCAGAGUACACGGGGGGGAUACGCACAAAUCGCUCUGCACGCAGUGUUGGACAAGCUAAGGGAAAGCAACUGAAAAGCAUCAGUCCUCUUGCAUCAGGACAUAUUACCUGGCUUUAACAAGUGUGCCUCACCGCUAACUUUAAGCAGUGUUUCAUGUAGCUACUUUUAAUUCAGAUGCAGGCAAUGAUAGCACUCUCCCUGACGCUUAGGUGCGGUGUUUGAUUUGAUUAUAAUUACACGCAAGUCCAUGUCAGGAAUUAUAAUUACUUGUCGUUUAGAUUUUUGGCCGCGCUUGCGUCACGUGGUGUGUUUUAUGAUAUUUUUUUCCCUUUCUGCCAUAUCCACCGGAGUUCCCUCGCGCCUGUGGCUGCGCCACCACCAAUGCAUCUGCGCUCACUCGGUAUGGACUCACACACGCAGCUGGCCGUGCGGAAGUUACCGGAAUUCGUGCGUCUCUAAAGAAGUUCAUCUGUUCGGAUGUUCUUAUCAGGGAGAUAAUGCGGCUUCUGAUUUAUGCAACUUUCAUUGGAAUUGUCCUCAAAACAGGGGCAGCGUCGCAGAUCCAGUGCUAUCAGUGCGAGGAGAUGAUGCACAAUGACUGCUCCUCGCCCGAGUACAUCGUCAACUGCACCGUCAACGUCCAGGACACGUGCCAGGGGGAGGUCCUCGUGAAGGAGGAUGGCAUCCACUACCGUAAGUCCUGCGCCUCCUCGGGAGCCUGUCUCAUCGCCUCCUCCGGGUACCAGCAGUUCUGCACGGGCGAGCUCAACUCUGUGUGCAUCACCUGCUGUGACAGCCCCCUGUGCAACGGGCCCAAGCUGAAGAAGCGCCAGGUCCCCUCCGCGGCCCCCUCCCCCCCACCGCCCAUCCCUUCCUCCCUCCUCUCCUCCUCUUCCUCCUCUUCCUCCUUGUCCAAUCUCCUCCCCUUUCCUGCACAUAGAAACUGAUUCCCUCGGCUAGCCGUCUCCCUUUACCUUCUGCUUCUCACUCUCCAGUGCUGUUAUGUGUUUUCUCCCCCCAAACACCCCCUCUCCUCUCCUUUUCUCCUGUCCUUUAAUCUAUCCAUCGUGUCCUUCCUCUUUCUCC